UGGUAUGCUGUGUGGACGGCCAAAAUGGGCGAGAGCUUUCAUCCAUCCACUGAUCAAGUCCAACAAGCUAUAGUUUGACAAGAUAAAAGCGAGCAACCGCGAACUUAUCUUUCAGUUGCCCCAAUGUUACCCGAGCAAUACAAAUCAGUUUGUCCUCCAUUGUCAAUUCUUAUUGUGUGCUGUUGUUCUUGCUGGCGAAGAUGAUGAACUCGCAGCAGUCGCCUCCACUGCAGACCACUUUGCCAUGGCCUGGUACGAUCCGUUGCGUCCAAUUCGACAAGCAACCUCCGCCCACCGUGCGCAAGAGCAACUUCUUCAGCUUCACCGUUCAGCUGCACGAUGGCGGGGGACAGAGACUUCGCGUUCGCACUGCCAAGUUCAUUGACUUUCUGACGGUCGACUGGCCAGCACCGCCUAUGUCUGAAACGAGCGAGCAGAGCACGAGGCCACGACCGUCAUCUCGCCGCAACAGCAGGACUGUGAAACAAGAGAACGCGCGCAUGCAUGACCACCCUGCAGCAGCGUUCUCCUCAGUACCCAGUGUACAGGCAGGCACACCGGUGACAGGCGACGGCCCACCACCGGGACUCUUCUCACAGCACAGCGGCUAUGCUGAUCCGUCGACGGCAGCCGCCAGUAACGCUGGCAACGGCAAGCAGCUGCAGAACGGUGCAUCUCCGCCUACAGCGGCAACUCCAGUUACGGCAAACCAUGCCGUCUUCCUGCCGCCGAAAAGCAACGGCAUCGAGUAUGAAGUUGAGCUAGAACACCCACAUGGACGGAUUGUAAGAGAGCGUCUGUACCUGUGCCUUGUGGAUAACCGUAACUUUGAGGUCGUUCACUAUGAAGGACAGGAUCGCAAUCCGGAAAUGCGCCGCGUUCUCCUAACCCAUGAAGUGACAUGCAGCCGAUGCAGCAACAAUGCUACCGGAUGCGGAAACAAGACGGCAGCACCUUCUGACCCCACCAUCCACAAGGAAAAUGGAGAGUGCAGUCUGAUAUUCUAUGUCAAGUGCAACCAGAACUGCCUGCGCACACCCGGAAGCCCUAAGCAAGGACGUCGAUUCAAGCUCAUGCUCAGCACUGGACAAAACUCCACAGAGGCUCAGAAUCACCAGCUCGGUAUCUCCGAGGAAAUAUUUGUUCAUAACAACUCCAAGCAUGGCCGUCCCGUGGUCGCCAAGCAGUCGCCAUCCAGCAAUGCCGUGGCCGACAGUACGUGUGGGGCGUCACAAGCUGGAUCCAACACUGGGACUGGAGAACAUUCUCCUGAUGCCAAUGUUCCCAGCAUAGCGCUGGUAUGGCCAAAGGAAGGCUGGACAAGCGGCGGACAGAGGGUUGCCAUUAUCGGCGAAAACUUCACAAAGACCAUGCAAGUUGUGUUUGGUCAUCAUCAUCUUGAAGCAGAGAUGUACAACAGUCGUAUUCUGCUGGUGAACACACCCUCUGUGAUUCAAGAGGGCAAGGUGGAGAUCACACUGAUGCAGAGACAGGGUAACAAAGUCAAACAAAGCUGCACCACACAGCCAGGACACUUCCACUAUGUGGAGCCCGCACCAAACAUGGAGUGCGUCACUGAUCGACUCCGUGCAGCGCUGUCACUUCCCAUCCACACGGUCGUCACAACGGAGGACAUCUUCUCAUUGCUGAAUGAGCGGCUGACAACCCCUGGAGUGUGUAUGCACUGCCAAACACCAACCAAUCUUCCUCCCGAGCCGCGAUGGCCAGCACCAAGAGCAACGAAGAGAUCUCACAGUCAGCUGACGUCCCAUCACUCAGUGUCAAGUGAUGCUCUCUCACCAUCUAAGUGUCGCCCGGCACCGUUAGUAAUACCAGAUUCGGCUACCAACCACCUGGGUCCGGAGCAGCCAGACUUCCCGCCGAUGCUCAGCACUUCGAACGCGUCCGGUAUGCCAAGUACACAUUCGUGGGCACGGCCUAGCAGCUUCAGAAGUAGCGACCACCUACAGUCAGGUCGAGCCAGCAGUAUGAGCGCUCAGGCAAGCGGCCAGGCAUCGUUCUUCGGUGCCGAUCCGACGUACAGUGAAUCCACCGGUGGUGGUGGAGGUGGUGGUGGUGGAGGUGGUGGUCACAACCGGGCUGCCAGCAUGGGUAGUGCUGGUCCUGGAAUGAUGAUGACGACGGAGAACAGCAUGCAUGGCAGCCACCCUAGCUCGCCGUCACCAGACUGCUUGGAACGAAGCCAUGGCAGUGCUCUUCACGACGAUCCGAUCAGUUUGCCAUCCAAGGACGAUGACCACCAGACAGCCAAUCUUAGCAUGUAUCACGACCAACAUCACCACCAUCACCAUCAGCAGCAGCACCACCAGCAGCACCAUCACCAGCAUCAGCACACCCAGCAGCAGAUGCACAACGGUGCGCCACAGCACAUGCUGGGAGAUCGGCCACCGUCGACGCACAUGCACCAGCAGAUGCUAGACCGACCUCCCUCGCAGCCCAUGCAGCAGCAGCAUCAGCAUCAGCCGCCACCACCGCCGAUGUCACAACCAAUGCAGCAGCAACACUCUAUGUCGUCACACUACCCCAACCAGACAGCUAUGUCGGUGUCAAGCUCCAACAGCCUGGGCAGACAGUCCAUGAUAGAUAGAGGUGCACCGCCACCACCACACGGCUCAUCCCUGCCCCCGCACAUGCAGUCCACUGCCCCGCCGCAGCCAGGCAACCUGCCUCCCGGCCCACCCAUCACGCCCGGAAUGGCCGUGUACUUUCCCAGCGGCCCGUCAGCGGGCGGACAGAACGGACCAGCCAUGCCUGGUUAUGCAUUGUAUCCGGGUAACCUCUACUCCCCGUCGGCAUUUGCAUUACGCUCGCCAGCCUCGUUCUCCAUCACGCCAGGGCACGGCACUGAGUCCAUCUUCACGUUCCCACCGCCUGGCAGCGGUCCUCCGCCGUCGGGUCUGUCGCUCGCCCCAGGGCAGCCGCUGACACCCAUCCUGGUCAUGGACCCAUCUUCAAGUGCGUUUGCUGGAGGGCCGAAUGUGUCGCAGGCAGUGGAUAUGAGCGGUGGUGGCAGCAGUGCAAGUCAACCUGCAUUCCCACCACCAGGCACUGGCAUGUCGCCGUACUCACACCCGGCCAAGAAACCGCCCCCGUCAAUGCCUGGAAUCGCCAUGCCCAUGAACAAGCCACACCAUGCUGGUGGCAGUGGCCAUCAUUGGUAAUUAGCGAUGUCAUAGUGAUGUCAUGAGUACAUCAUUGCUAGUAUGGCUAUCAUUGACAAACAGUGAUGCUAGCCAAGGAUCACACCAGGAUGGUAGUAAUGAUCAUUGCUGAGAACUAAUGACUGCAGCGUGAUGCUACUGAUGGACCACAACACUACACUACAACAGCUGGUUAUACUGAUGAUUUUGUCCCGUGCUGCCAAAUCACUGCCCAGCACGCCCCAGGUUACUCAUCAACACACAUAAUAAUGAACAUUGUCAACACAGACAGCUUCUGAUAUCACCAGCACAUUUGACUAUUCCACUCACGUUUCAAAAGCACUGCAUUGUUAUCUUGAAGAAUUUGACCACAAAGUUACAUGUCAAGCAUACUUGUUUUCACACUCGAACUAAUACCAAGUGAUCACGAUCAUAAUCAUGAUGUUGAGAGUUACAAACCUUGCCAUUUGCAAGCAGUACGUUACGGCGAAAAAAAAUUUAUUUCUUGCCUUUCGACGUGCACUGGGUGAGGCGCCAGACCGACCCCUUGCAAGGCAGCACUGUGAUUAUUAUGAUGCUGACUGAGAAGGCCGAAGAGGCAGUACGGCUGGCCCUUGAGUACAAUGUCCGGCCACCCGGCCAAGUUUGGACACAGUUCUGCAUGUCCGGUAUUGCUACCCAUCGAAAGCAUUUCUGACGGAUCGCUCUCACACACACUUCCUGCGUUGCAUAGCAUUUGAACAAGAUAAUUAUCUCCAAACGUCUACACGUAAUCAAUACCUAUUGCAUUUAAAAAAAUAUUUAUAGAAUUUUGAAAGCUGCUUCCAGUCUUCCCACAAUAUCUAAAAGCUGUUUUGGCACACGGCAUGCUUGAAUAGCGUCAUGACAAAGA